AUGGCUACCAACGAUCAUGGUGAUCAUCGAAUUCGGCGCGGAUGGGACGGGGACCCAGCUACCUAUCCCGACUUCAUGCGACGGGUGCGACUCUCCUUCGAGCGCACGCCGCGCAAGAAGGUCCACCUCCUUGGACCGGAGGUUGUCGCUCAGUUGAGCGGACGACCAGGAGAGGAAGGACGACGCCUCUACCGCUUCCCCGUCUACUUCGAGGAGGAACCCCAAGGGGAAGAUGAUGCGGAUGAAGGGGAGACGGUUGGACCUCCAGAAGAUGAUCGUGACGAACUUCUGGCGGAUGAGAAGGACAAGGAGUCAGACUCUGACGACUCCACCCGUGCCCUCGAGGACCUCGCUUUGUGGGAGCGCUACGAUGAGACGCUUCCGGAUGUGCUGCCCAGCGAAGUGCUGGGAUGGCUUCUUCUACGCCGCUCUGGGAUUAGUCACCAAGCUUCCUUAGCUGUGCAGUCUGCCGCUUCCAACUCCCUUCGCUUGGAUGACGUGGAGAAAUCCCUCCGGGCGAUGGAGGAUGAGAUCCUUGGCCAAGAACUUCGUCCCCGUGGAGGACAUGGAUCUGGUGGAAAAGGCGGCAAUCGCCCUCGCACCUAUUGGGUGGAAGAGAACGGCGAGUGGGCCAUGUGGCUUGGGGAGAGCGGUGACCUGGACGAGCUCUUCGAUGGAGGCGAGAUCCACUAUGUGGGCAAGAAGUUGCCUUCCCAGGUGCACCCCGAGCCCUAUGUGAGCUCGGACUACUACGAGGACUGGACCUACUACAACUCCGAGUGGGGCCCCUACUACGACGAGUGGGAGGCCGAAGACUUCGCUUCAUCCUGGUGGUACGAGGACCUUCCCCCGGAGCAGCACAAGGAGCUGGAGGAGGCCUAUGCCCUCUUGGACCAGAAGGCUCGCAACUUCGUGGAAGCUCGGCAGGCUGUGAAGGAAAGGGCUAUGGCUCGCCUUCUCCUCCAUCGGCUCCCCCAGUGCUUGCUUGCUACCUCCGGAAUGGGCAGCUCCGGAGACGAUGGCUCUGGCUUCUUGGGCGCUGCCGUGGGCGACGCCGGCUACACGGGAUGCUUCAUUUGCGGCAACAAGAACCAUGACUUCAGACACUGCCCGAAGCGCCAGAACAAAGGAAGCAACAAGGGGGCGGUUCAUUUCGCCUCUGACGUGGGAACUAUCUACCAGGUGAUGGAUACCACGACUUCUACUCCCCCGAGCUCUACGAUCUACGCCAUUGAGGAGCACCACCCCGACGACGAGAUUUUCUCCUCAGAGACCGAGGACCUCUCCGGCUAUGCGGUCUUGGACUCGGGCGCCACUGAGACGGUGGCUUCGUUACCUGCCUUGGAGGCCUUGAUGGGAGUACGACGGAGCAUGAGCCCUUCAUCUUCAGCCUCGUCGUUUCAGGUUCUUGACCAGCCCCCAAAGAGGUUCAAGUUCGGCAACGGGGAGUUUGCAGCUUCGUCAUCGUUUGUGUUGCUUCCCCAGCGAAUAGGCGAUCACCAGGUGGAGUUGGGUGUGUACACGUUGGACGUGGUUGGAGUCCCGGUCCUCAUAGGGAUUAAAACCAUGAUGCGUCUUCAUGCAAUAGUGGACUUUGCCCAUUGCCGAGCUGUGUUUGCUGCUGUUGACGCAGGCCUGGUUGUUCCGUUGAAGCGAAGCAGAUCGGGUCAUCUCUUAGUGAGCCUGAAAGACAAUUGGCUGCAGCAGGGUCACAGACUGGAUGCAAUGACAGCCCAGCCCGACAUGAACCCUUUGUUGUCAAAAGGGGGUCCCGCGAGCAGCUUCAUGGUGCAGAGUGCAGUUGAGCCAGUAGGUCAGGACAGUGAAGCAGUUCUUGAAGGUUGUGAGAGCCAGAUCAGUGAUCAUGAUGCUCCUGCGGCAGCGAAAUCUCGCGGCCCCAAGAAGCAGGCGGACCCGCUCGACGAGGAGAGGACCGAAGGACCGGACUUGAGGGACCCUCGAGCCAAAGGAAGCCCCUGCUAUGGCAACCAUCGUGUUGCCAAGGCCUACAAGGGGAGCGUGAGUGGGGCCAAUCAGUUUGGGAGCUGGACAGGAUGCGAGGUGUGCAAGAUUCGCCUCAGCUACACCCCAAGGAUGGGAUGCCACGGCAUCCACCGCAAGAGCGCUCCGUUGGCCCGAGACGUGCAGGAGAUCCAUCAAUCCCUUCCUCCCGAGACGGAGGUGUAUCCAUCGAAUCGGGAGAUCUCCUUGACGGCCGCGGAGAACAGCGCCUUGGCUCGGCUGGAAUCCCUUCGGCGUCUUCGCAAGGGAUCUGGAAAGACGAACAACCUCACCAGCGAGGUGCCGUCCAAGGACAAGAACACUGGGGAUCCCUCGAAGACCGAAGACCAAUCCAGCAAGAACACUGGGGAUCCAUCGAAGACCGGUGUCAGCUUCGUCAAGUCCAGUGUCUCCGGGAACGAUUGUGGUGGACCCAGAAGAGCUGCCGACUCACCACAGCAGGAAGGCAUCGCGACCGAGUCAACAGAGUGCCGAGAAACUGGAGCGCGAGCUGUGAACGACCACCCUCGUGAAGAGGCUCACGUCCUGUCCCUGAUGAACACCUCUGAGGUGGAAGGCCUGGCCACGAACUUGCAGACCCAUGGCUCCUUCGACUAUGCGUCUAUGGAAAGGCUGAUUGGCCUGAUGCAGCCCAAAACCGUUCGUCCGGGACGCCAAGCCACUGUGAAGGAGCGAAAGUUCGGUUUUACCAUGGUGUUCGGGUUGUAUGCCCACGGCUCCUAUUAUGGUUGCACGAGAUUUCAUUGGACUUCCCUCGCGCUGAUGGUCAACAUGAAGGGAGCGAUGCACCUGGAGAGUUGUGGGUUGAACUCCGUGAUGGUGAUCCUUCUGAUCCCGCUCUCCCUCUAUCCUGGCGGGAAGUCCCUGGAGGUCCUAAAGUUCCAGGACAAGUUCAUUCUACCCGCCUACUUCAUCGACUACCAGUUCGACGGCCCAAGAGUUUCUCACCUCCUUGCCCAGUAUGUCGAGUUUGAGGACGGGCUGAAGGAGAUCUUCUUCCAGUACCCCAACAAUCAAACAACCAAUGUGGCGCACCUCUGCUCCCCACGGUUGGAGCCCCUGGAUAUGGAGCAGACGUUACAGCGAGAGGAAUGGACCUACCAAGUCCUCUCCCAUGGGGAAGGCUGUGACCUUUCCAACAACCUGGGUUUCCACAAGGCCCGGGAACGCUUAUCUUUGCUGAAGCCUGAGUGGUUGUGGUGCCAUGUGCCCAGAGGCCCCUCAACAUUGUUUCGUGAAGAUGGAGCAUGGCUAGAUUUCAAGCAGGCUGCUAAAGCGAAGCGCUACCUGAAGGGAAGAAACGUUCGAGAGGUUCAGCGAUUCUGGAAGCACCAUGGCAAAGGGCCCCCCAUCAACCCGGUGGAUGGCUCAGGAUACAGUUUUCCGGUCGACACCAGUUGCCUCGAGACCCUGACUACAUCGGAGUUGGAAAGGUUGAUGCAGCAUGUUCAUCAGCUACAUCGGCGUUUUGGCCAUCCUUCAAAUCGCCUUUUGGUGAAGAACCUGCUUCACCGCAAUGCAGACGAGAAGGUGGUGGCAGCGGCCUCCAAGUUGGAGUGCGAUGAGUGUCUUGAGUCGCAAAUCAAGAUGCCCUCGCCGGCCGUGAACCUGGAUAAUUGCGAGAAACUAUGGUCCUGUCUCCAGGUGGAUGGAUUUCACUUGCGAUGUGGGGACACCGUGAUGCAUUUCCUCUUGAUGGUGGAUGAGGCCAGUGGAUUUGCGGUGAUCAGGGAAAUGUUUUCCCAUCCGGAGGAGAACCAUCGCAACAUGACCGGCCCCGAGGUGGUGCAGGUGCUCCAGGAGGCCUGGUUCCAGUACUUUGGGUACCCUGAGACGCUCAAGUUGGACUUGGAGGGCAUCGAUUUGGUGCCUGCGCCGGCUGAGUACCACGAGAUGAUUGCCGAUGUGGAGAGGGAGAUUGGCUAUGUGCGGCAGCGCCUGGAACGGUUCCUACGUGGCGGAGCCUUUGAGAAGCCAGGCCGGGAUAUGUCUCUGGGCAACCGAGCUCUGGAGGCUGUUGGAGCGGAGCAGUCGUUCUUGAAGCACCGGGCCGACCAGCUCGCCUCCCGAGCAAAGAAUGCCAAGGUUCGUACUCAAGUCCGCUUCUUCCCAGGAGAUUUGAUCUUUUAUCGUCGCUACAAAACCCCGGCUGACCUGCCAGCGAACUCUUGGGUAGAUCGACCGAGGCUGCGUGGAGCACGGUGGUACGGCCCAGGGAGGGUACUUGCCUGUGAGACGAAAGUUGAGGAGGGACACCGAAAGCCCUCUCAGUACAUCUGGGCAAUUUGCUCAGGACGGUUGAAGAAGUUCCACAGCACUCAGCUGCGCCACGCCUCGCCCAGUGAGCGCCUCACUCACGAGGCCUUGAGGGACAUCACUAUGCCGUGGACAAUGACCUCCCUGACUCGAUUGUUGGACAAGGGAGCCUACGACGACGAAACUCGCUCCCGGGCGGCCCGCCACUUUCAGCUAGGACGCAAGAAGCGGGGUUUUCACCGCCGAGCCCCAGGAGCACAACCUCAUGCACUACCACCAUCCGGGCCACAGGGACUUCCUCCCUCACCCUCGGAACUUCUGGAGUUUCCCUCGGAUGAAGAGAUGAUCCCUGAUUCCUCGAUGAGAAAGGCCCCUCGUUUACGGGAGCCAGAGACCCAGGGAGUUGCCUCUUCGGACUCAGUGGAUGUCCACCGGCUUCUUCAUGAUCCUCGCUACAUGCCGACCUCCUCCGCAUCAAGCUUUCAAGAACAGCGCCGACUCCAUGAGCAAGAUGAUCGCCCAUGGCAUGUUCAACAUGGCGAACUUCACUAUGCAGAGGAGGAGGCGGAGCUCGGGAUCUACUCGGUGAUCCUGGACAUGCCGGCGAACGACAAAGAGUGGAAGAAGGUUCUCAAGGACCCUCGCAAAUUCUUGGCGAAAUCGGUCCAAAAGGGUGUGGAAGUCAGCUGGAAUCGGCUCGAUGAGACCCAACGAGCCGCGAUGACUGAGGCCAAGCAAGCCGAAGUGGCUUCCUGGAUUUCCAACAAGGUGGUGAAGGCUGCCCUUCCCCACAUCAGCCGCGAGCAAGCUCUUCGGAUGAGGUGGAUUUAUACCUUCAAGGCGGCGGAACCCGGGAAGGUGAAGGCCAAGGCUCGCAUGGUCAUCCUUGGCUAUAGCGACCCGUCAUUGUUGGACCAGGAGACUUCCUCGCCAGCAAUGUCUCGCCAAAGCAAGAUGCUCUUCUUCAACUAUGCCACGGCUCGCCGGUGGAGGGUAUUGGCGGGUGAUGUGAAAACCGCCUUCUUGCAGGCGAAGGCGCCUGACCGCCAGCACCCACUAUACGCACAACCUCUUCCAGAACUGGCGGCGGCGAUGAACCUCACUGAGGAGCAGAUGGUGGAGCUCCUCGGGUCGGCCUAUGGUUUGACGUCUGCCCCGAGAGAGUGGUUUCAAGACCUUACCACUACGUUGAGGAAGUUGAAUGCAGUGCCAUGUGUCUCCGACCCCUGCAUUUGGAGGCUCUUCGACUCCGCCGGGACUAAGGUGAUUGCCCUCAUCGGACUGUACGUCGACGACAUCCUCUUUUGCGGCGACGAGGGGGACCAGCUCUACUGCACCUUCUUGCACGAGUUGCACCAGGCCUAUGCAUGGAGUCCGUGGGAAGCGGACAACUUUAGCCACUGUGGUGUGCGGGUGCAGCAGUUUGCGGAUGCCAGCAUCCUGUUGGACCAUUCAGAGUACUGCACGGAACUGGUUCAAAUGCCAGCAAGAGCCAAAGGAGACGACAGCGAGCUGUCGGUGCAGGAGCUUUCACAGGCUCGAGCCAUCUUGGGCUCUAUCCAAUGGAGGGCAUCCCAGACGGCACCGCAACACAGUGCUAAGGUGUCGUAUCUCCUGUCCAUGUUGGCCACCAAGCGUGGAGAGGUCGUGGACAUGGUGAAUAAGUUGGUCCGCGAGGUGCACUCCUCGCGUCAUGUGAUCCUGCGAAAAUGGUCAUGCCACUUGUUUGGCCUCAUGAACCCCGACGAGUUCCGGCGAGGACAAGGCCGUAUUAAUGCCAUUACCUGGAAAUCUGGUCGACUCCAGAGAGUGGCACGCAGCAGCCUUUCAGCCGAGACCCAAGCCCUUGCUGACCUCGACGGUGACAUGAUGUACGCGCGCCUUACGUGGGCGGAAAUGAAUGGAUCCCGAGGAGACCUGAAGGAUAAGAACGAUUGGAUCCGUUCGGUGCCUUCCACAAUGGUCAUCGACGCCAGAGCCCUCUACGACGCUCUUGACCGCGGAGAUCUGACGAUCUCCAACAUGAAGGACAAGUUUUCUGCAUUGGAAACUUUGGCCUUGGCUCAGAGCAUGACCCUGCUUGGCACCCAACUGCAGUGGACGGAUAGCGACCAUCAGUUGGCUGACGGAUUGACGAAGGUUCAAAAGCAGGACACUUUAAAGCGCUUCUUGAGUAGCGGCGCGCCUUUGGCCGAAGCUUUAGCUACCGGUGCCAGCUCAGGGAGAAACGUGGGGCCUCUGAUGCGCAUGAUGUUGACUUUGGAUAGCAACUGCCGGAAGACCAGGAGCAAGUGUGCGUUCACAUGGCAGUCUCAGGUGUCCCACGGUCCUGCGGGCGAUGUCGCCACGAGCUACGAGGACCUCGCGGAGAAGGCGGUAAAGGCUGCGCGUUGGCUGCUGGAGCACCAGAUUCGAUCGGGCCCCGUUGCUGUUUGGAUGCCGCGCAGCGAGACGGCCGGGUCCCCGGCCGGCCGAAGCGGUGACAUUGAACCGCUAGUUGUGGUGUCCGCCCUCGCGAUUCUCAUGGUCGGGGGAGUGUAUGUCCCUUGCGAUGAUCGCUUGCCGUGGCAACGUGUUGAGCACAUGGUGGAAGAUGCAGGGGUGAUUCUGAUUCUGGCAGGACCGCAGCAGCUGCAGCUGAUCCCCUCCUCCAUCCCGGCCGUUGAUGGAUCCAAACUCUUGGAGACUGAGCAGGACGCGCGCGACGGCGUGCUCCCUUCGUCCAUCGACUGCGACGAGCUUGCAUACGUGAUCUUCACAUCGGGAUCGACAGGAAAGCCGAAAGGAGUCGCCGUGACCCACCGCUCCAUAGUGCAUCUCAUCGACUGGGUGAACAGCACCUUCAAUGUCACACAGACGGACGCUUUGCUCUUCACCACCUCCAUCGGAUUCGACCUCUCGUGCUACGACAUCUUUGGGUCUCUGUCAGCGGGAAGCACGAUUCACUUUUGGAAUGGUUCCGCGGCAUCUCCCGACCAGCUCUUCGAAAUCGUGGUUUCAGAGAGGAUCAGCUUCUGGGACUCCGCUCCCCAGGUCCUCCAGCAACUGGAGCCCAGGCUCGCCGAGGCGGCUUUGAGGGAUCUGCGCCUGGUCUUCCUCAGCGGAGACUGGGUGCCCAUCUCCUUGGUCCAAACCCUGCAUCGGGUUUCCGGAGCAUCGGUGGUUGCGCUGGGGGGUGCCACAGAAGUUACGGUUUGGUCCAACUACUUCGAAGUACCACUGAUCGAUGGAGACUGGCCUUCCAUUCCCUACGGCCGGCCCAUCUGGAACCAUCAGUAUUAUUGCCUGGGGCAAUCUGGGCCGCUUCAUGUCGGGACGACCGGUGAGCUCUAUAUUGGUGGUGUUGGAGUGGCCCAGGGCUAUGUAGGCCGGCCCGACUUGACCGCAGAGCGCUUCUUGACGAAUUCCUUUCACUCUGGGCGGAUGUAUCGGACUGGCGAUAUGGUCCGCUUCAUGCCUCUGAAGCCGUGGGGAGACCCGUCCCGGCUUCAGCAGUUUACUGCCUCCGACGUCGUCUUGGAGUUCCUCGGCCGUAUCGACUCGCAGGUGAAAGUCCGCGGCUACCGCGUGGAAUUGGCAGAGGUGGAACUCGCCUUCUUGAAGCAGCCAGGUAUCGAGGCCACAACUGUUUUGGCCUUGCCAUCCGGU